CGGAAUCGAUCGCCGAUUACCGAAAAUGUGAGUGCGCGUCGAUACACGCAUCGUUUGUCCUGUGUGGCAAAAAUGUCCGCGCCUCUGCCGAUCGACGACGACAAGCACGACAAACCGCUCUACUCCGAUGAAGACUUUAGCGAGAAGUACGAUUGCUAUGGUCGGACACCGCCGCGCACUCGUCUUCUACGCAAAUACAAAGAAAAGAAGCAUCGCGACAAGGAAAACUUCGGCAAUGGAGUCAAGGCGUCGCCGAAAUUGACCCGUAAGGUUGUUUCUCGACGCAACACAGUUAGCACCAUGUUUGAAGAGUUAAUUACAAAGGCAGAAAAUGAUGCAGAUGAGGGUAAGCGGACGAACAAGCGUAAUAUUAAGUUACUACGCGGUUCUGAACGAGAUCUCAAGUUGGACAUUGGUACUGCCCAGCUGGCAGCUCAGGAAAACCAAAAAAGUGAUGGAACUAUGUGCUUGUCGAGAGCAAUUGAGAGCUGCAGCAGAUUCAAAUGUUUGACUUCAAAGAGAGUGGCUGCAGGGAAUAAAAUCCGAGCAGCCCGACCAGUCUCCACACCAACAGGUAACAAUAAUAUUGCUUUGGAGGACUUUGAUUGCUCCGCCAAUCGUAUCGAGUUCCAUCAGACAUUAAGUAUGCUUAUAAAGAUGGGCUGUGGAGACAAACCAGCUCCAGAUCGCGGUUCCAGAAGACACAUUAGCCGCGAAGAAAUCCUCUGGCAAACUGAACUUAAAGAUCUCAUCUGGCUUGAACUGCAAGCGUAUCACGCCGACCGAACGCCCGUUGAACAGGACGAAUUCCUAUGGUCCGCUCGCGAAUCAAUCGGUCCUUUGCUCAACACAGUUAUGUGUUACAAAUUCAAUCGUCAUCGCACUGACUGCCCGGGUUGUUUGUCCAUGUACUGUGAGGCGUGCAUGCAAGCGCAGAACGAUGCACUCAAGGAUAUAGAAGAAAUCCUGCUGCAAUUAGAAGCGGCAGAGUCUUUGUUUCCCUCGAGUAAAGCAUUUGGUGAAUUGUUUCCACUCUAUACAUCGGCGGAGUUCGUCGGGAGAGUGAAAGCAAUGUGUUUGUGGUACAAUAUGACGCGCCACCAUCGACUUAAACUCGUCAUUAUUGGUAAACUACUCGCGCUGCUUGAGAACAAAGACUUUCAAUGGCCGAUGCAGGAAUCUGUCGAUUCCACCAGUCCUUCAGACAGCAACAGUUCCACAAAUUCGGUGAAUGACUACCUUUUAAACGAUAGAACUCCCGUCGAUAUGUACAAUGUCAUGCCGAUCGUAUCUCUAGUCAACAAGCGGUAUGAAAAUGCUUGCUCUCCAUACCGCAAGUACAUUGAGAACAUUCUCAAAACGCGCGGUCUUAAUAAAAGUAUGAGUUUUCUGGAUAAGUUGCACAAGCACGUCUUGAGGAAGGCACAGUUAACACUAGAGAAACCAAAGGAUGAAGCAGUUUUUUCCAGCGAUAGCCAUGAUGAUGAAUUGAUGCGUUAUGGCUGUUGGAGUCCGGAAGCGCAUGCCUUGCAACUGCCUAGUUAUAAAGCAGCGUUUUUGUUUUUGGCGUCGGUUCCGCUCGAAGUGGUGCAUGAGUUUAUCCGUAUGAGAUUGGAACAGAAGCCGAAGAAGCCGUCACCGCUCAGUGUGCGGCAAUUGUUGCGUGAGUCAAAGGAGGGUAUUAAAAUUGCGGUGCUGCAACGCGAAUGCACAGUGUCCUACAUUGCCACUCUAGAAAAUGAAGGUGUAAAACAAUACACGCAGAAUAUUGAGAUUUUCGAUCAGAGUCUAGAGCGGAUUUUUGUCGAUUACUUGGAGUACAUGAGCAGCUGGGCGCUGUUGCAGCAGGACACGUUCCAGAAGAACUUUUUCGAAGAAGAGUGGAAUUUUGUGUGUGAUAAUGUUAAGCAUAUUCCCAAUGGAUUCGACAGAGCUGGCAUGAAAUUUUGUAAUAUUGGGGCGAUGAUGGCGGAAAUUGGCAAUCGUCUCACGACUAGGAUUGAAGAGUUGGCUAAGGAGGUGGAUUCACGUGAAGAAUUUUAUAAAAAACAAAAUUUAUUUGUGGUAUGUCGUGAGUUACAAGCCGUGUUUAAUUUGGAACGUGAAACAAGCAUGAAAAUAAUUGCAUUCGCGAAAACUUUGUUUCGAAGCGGCAUUCCUAUCAAUAACGUCGAAGAAUUUAAGAGUUCUGUGGUUGCGUUGAAGUGCACUCUGCCGAAGGCCAUCGAAAAAGUGCAAAAUAUUUGCGAUAUCACCACAUUGGAGAAUCUGGAUGAGUCUGAAAAAGCGGCGUUUAUCUCCCGUUAUAGGGAGAUUCUUAUGCAGGGAUUUAGAUUUGGAUUUGAAUUUCAUAAAGAAAUGUCUGAAUUUGUACCUGCUGAGCGGCGGCCAUUGUUGGCACGUAGUAUGGUGCAAUUUGCGCACUUGUGGAUGAAAUUCGCGCAGGAACGUUGUGAACGCGGUCGUGGAAAACGCCCCCGCUGGGCGUACCAAGGCCUGGACUUCUUAUUAACAGUCUGCGAGCCGCAGUACACACGAUUUCUCAGCGACAGUGAAUUUGAAGAGCUUAAAAUGAGCAUGGAUCGUUGCAUCUCGCAUGUAAUUGGUACUACGGCGCCUUCAACUCCUGAUUCUGGUUUCCAUUCGUCAUCACCACGUCCUUCUCUGGAGCUGGUGAAGUUUCCGCGUAGCCGCGGUUCAUCACCCAGCCCGCGGCCAACUUAUAAGAGUCAACGUAGCGCCGGACGUAAAACGAGCGUAGAACAAAGCUCUCCAAUAUCGGAGGCCGAGUCGCCACAGUUCAAUCAAUUCAAAUGCGAAGAUUGUCUAGAGGAGGUGAUUGUUAAAAUAAAACACUCGCCUGCUCUACGAGCCGCGUCUAUUCGUACAGCGGUGACGACAUUGGACGAAGUAAUGGAUACCAAAUUGCGGCAGCAGGAGUUAAUCGGUAAAAUUUAUCCGAAAGAACCAUGUGGGAGUUUGAGUAUGAAGUAUCUUCGAAAGAGAAAUGUCACUUUCAGUUGGCAGCGCGGUAUUAAAAUAGGCCAGGGUAGGUUUGGUAAGGUGUACACUGCGAUUAAUAACGAUACGGGUGAAAUGAUGGCUGUGAAAGAGGUGGCGAUUCAACAAUUCGACGUUUCCGUUCGGAAAGUCACCGAGGAGAUUAAAGCGAUGGAAGGUAUUUCACAUCGCAAUCUGGUCAAGUACUACGGCUUGGAGGUGCACAAGGAAGAGAUGUUGAUAUUUAUGGAGUUCUGCGCCGAAGGUACGUUGGAAAGUCUCGUUGCAGGGACUGUGAAUGGUCUUCCGGAGCUUUUGAUCCGCAGGUACACCUUUCAAUUAGUGAACGGUGUGGCUGCGUUGCAUGAGCACGGAAUUGUGCAUCGCGAUAUCAAAACGGCGAAUAUUUUCUUAACGGACGAGGGCAAUCGACUUAAAAUUGGAGAUUUCGGCUGUGCUGUUAAGCUCAAGUCGCAUGUGACUAUGCCAGGCGAGUUGAUGGGCAUUAUUGGGACGCAGGCUUACAUGGCACCGGAAAUGUUCACCAAAACCACCAUCGAUGGUCAUGGUAGGGCCGCUGAUAUUUGGUCAGUGGGUUGUGUUGUCGUUGAAAUGGCGUCAGGCAAGCGACCAUGGAGUAAAUAUGACUCCAAUUUUCAAAUAAUGUUCAAAGUCGGUAUGGGAGAGGCGCCCGAAGCUCCUGCAACUCUGAUCGACGAAGGGCACGACUUUUUGGAAAACUGCUUCCAACACGAUCCGCGCCAACGUUGGACCGCGGAAAGAUUGUUGUCGCACAACUUUGUGACCGUGGGUGAUGACUCUUUAUUCCGCACGGACGUAAUUUAGGCCUUAGUACGGUAACUGACCAUACACAAAUGAAAAAGUAACAAAUCUGAAAGCCAGUAGUACAAGUACACAAUCGUACGUAGCUCAUAUUUAUACAGUAUUCGCUUAAUUUAUGUUGAUGUAAUGUUGAAAUUUUACGAUUAUGAUGAUGAUUGUCAUGAUAUUUUUAAACAAAAGGUAAUGGUUAAAAGCGGGUGAUAACAUUUUAAGAUUGUUGAUGCAAAACGUACACUUAAAGGCACUCGUAUAUUUUUAUAAUAGAUCAUAUAUGGAUGUUACAACAAUUUUAAACUUGUUUGUUGGAUGAGAAAUUCUUCUAGGGAGUGUUUAUUGUUUAAAAUGUUGGAUAGUGAUAGAGACUAUGUUUGUGUGACUGUUUGUACGUUUCUGCAGUUUUUUUAAUUGUCCAACGUGAAUAGAAUUUAAAAGUGGAAAA